CGUUCACUCAAGGGAAACACGCCCGCCAGCCCACCAGCGCAGAGCGCACCCGUCCGCUCCUUUGCUGCUGCUGAGCCUGCCCGACCACUACCGCACUUAUACUCUCCCGCUCCCGCUGCCGUUCUCUGUCUUUCUCCCUCCCUCCCUUUCACACGCAUCCACCACAUAUCCACCCACUCACCAUGGCACAACAAAUCACGUCGUCCUUGAAGGACUUCUGGCACACAAUGACUUCGUAUGACCGACAUGCCUCACACGACUCGCCCUAUCGGACCGGCCGCCACAUCCCCAUCCCCCAGAGCCGCCAUGCCGCCCUCACCUCCAUCACCGCCAGCGGCGCAGAGUCCCGCACCGACCUCGACUCGCCCUACCAGCACGACGAGCUCGCUACCAGCAAUGGCUUCAUCGGCUCUCCCAAGGGCCCAAUGUCCCCCAGCUCCCCCUACUCGCCUGGCAUGCGUAGCUCCCUCAGCCGCCAGGCCACAUUGGACUCGGACAGCUUCGACAAGGGCGCCAAUGGCCAGAUCCAAAUGCAGGACUUCAACGAAGGCCUGCCUCCCCCACCGCCUGUCUCCCACUCGUGGAGGCGCAUUGACCGCUGGGUCGAGGACAACUUCCAGGAGCUAUUUGACAACAUGUGCGAAGGAUGCACAUCCAACGACGUCAACGAGCUAGAGCACGAACUUGACGCUACCCUCCCCAUGGACGUGCGCGAGUCUCUUCAAAUCCACGAUGGCCAGGAGCGUGGCGGUCUCCCCACCGGUGUCUUUUUCGGCCUCAUGCUGCUCGAUUGCGAGGAGAUUGUCAUGGAGUGGAGGAACUGGCGCAAGGUCGCCGACGAGUACCUGACUACAAAGGUCGACUACUCGACACCCCAAAUCCCUGUCAAGGCCUUUGCCGGCUCGUCCACCACACCGCCCGUCGCCCAAGUGCAGAGCACCACAAACCCUCUAUGGCGACAAGACCUGCUCGCUCGCCAAGACUCGCAACCGCCAAACGCUAUACAAAAGGCCUACGCCCAUCCUGCCUGGAUUCCUCUUGCCCGCGACUGGGGAGGCAACUACCUCGCCGUCGACCUCGCCCCUGGCCCCAAUGGUACAUGGGGACAAAUCAUCAUCUUUGGCCGCGACUACGACCGUAAAUACGUCGUUGCACGCUCAUGGGGCGCACUUUUGGCCAUGGUAGCAGAUGAUUUUGCUUCCAAGGACGUGCACCUGGACGAAGAAACCAGUGAGUUGAAGCUCUUGAUCUUCAAGCGCCAGAACGUCGAGCCACCCUAUCUCGAGGUUCUCCGCUGGCGGUGUGAUCAAAAGUACGGCCGCCGACCACCUAACAAAAAACGCCCAACAAGCGGUCUGCGCGUCAACCCAAACGCCCCGGGCAUGGUCGUUCCUAGCAGCACAGCGAGCAGCCCCUACCACAGCCCCGUAAUUGGCCCUGAAGAUCGCGGUCGCAGCCCUCACCGUCUUUCGAAGCCGCCAAAAGGUGUCAGUCCACGCGGUAAACUCUCCAGCCCCUUGGCCCGUGUGGCCGAGGAACACCCCCAACCGGUCCGUGUGAAUACAAAUCUCGACUCCAAGGCUAGCGUCCCCACUGAGAACCUCAUUUCCGUCGAUACUCCGAGACCGAGUGACGAGCUCUCUCAACCUCGCAACAGCCUAGGCAGCGACAAAGAGAACAAGGACACAAAGAGGACAUCUUCAUCAUUAAAGAGUCCCACUGCUGUCGCAGAACCAGAAGGGCUGAAGAAUGUCGAGAUAUAACAAUCUCGCAGCAAUCGAUUCUCUCUUCAAACCAUACUUCCCAUUGACGAUCUACUAUUAGAAAGAACCGGCUGGAUACCUGGCAGUCCAAUACACAUGACAGGAGUGCAGGCGUAGCAUGGAGUACGAUUCAUCGCAAUUUUGACUUGUGAUGACUGCUCGGCGUAUUGACAACAUUUCCCAUUCUCCAAAUCAAACGGCGUUUUUUUCCCAACAAUGCAAAUCUACUGUUUUUUUCUUCUUCUUCUCUUUUACUUCUCUUCCCAGCACACACGGCCGCACCCGAACGUCUUGGGGGAGAUCAUU